AUGGAUGUGGCUCAGGCUGAAGUUCGCACAGUCAGGGUGGUUGAUGUUGUGGCGGAGGAGUGCCAACGUUUGUUUCAAAAUUUCCUAGACAGUUUUAAAGAAGGUGAUUUAUUGAAAUAUGUGGAGCGAGCAAAAGAAUUGAAGCAGCUUGAGAAGACCACGCUGGUUGUUGACUUCACAGACAUCAUAAUGGCUGAUUCAAAGUUGUCCGGCUUGAUUCAAGAUGAAUACUACAGGUUAUAUCCCGAGCUGUGCCUUGCCACGAAAAAUUUCGUCAACAACCAUGUUCCGGAUACCCAGAAUUCCGGAAGAGACUUCUACGUGGCGUUUGCUGAUCUCCCUGGACUCCAUAGAGUGCGUGAACUCACUGCUGCACAGAUCAGGCGCCUGAUCAAAAUUCGGGCUCAGGUGGUUCGAUCCCACCCCGUGCAUCCGGAGCUUCUCCUCGGUACUUUUCGUUGCAUGGAAUGCAGAGUUGUCAUGUGUGGCAUCGAGCAACCAUUUAAAUACACGCAGCCCUCCGUGUGCUUCAAUCCUCAGUGUGCCAAUCGCGUGAAGUUCGAACUACUUACAAACGAAUCGAAAUUUGUUGAUUUCCAAAAGGUCAGGGUUCAAGAAACGCAAGCUGAGCUACCGAGGGGUAGCAUUCCUCGAAACCUGGAAGUCAUUCUCAGAGCUGACGCUGUCGAUCUUGCCCAACCAGGCGAUCGCUGUGAAUUUAUUGGAACACUCAUAGUAGUCCCGGAUAUCAGUCAGUUAGCCACUCCAGGCACUCGUUCACUAGAGUCCAAACCAAUUCGUGGCAGGGACAAUCAAGAGAUCGGAGGAAUAACUGGACUAAAAGCGCUCGGUGUUCGUGAGCUUUCCUAUAGGACUGCGUUCCUGGCAUGCACCGUUGUCCCUUCGAAUGGUAGAUACCUCCCAUCAGAUGAAUUUGAAGAUUCCGAGGUCAUGUCGUAUGAAGUCAUGUCCAAGCGACUAACGAGUGCAGAACUGGAUACAAUCUGCAAAAUGAGCCAAGAUCGGCGUCUCUUUAGCAAUCUAUGUAAUUCUCUGUUCCCAACAAUUCAUGGCAAUGAAGAAGUGAAAAAGGGCAUUUUGUUGAUGCUUUUCGGAGGUGUUCCAAAGGUUACGGGAGAAGGUACACACUUACGUGGGGACAUGAACGUCUGUUUAGUUGGUGAUCCGAGUACGGCAAAGUCCCAGUUUCUCAAACAUGUUGAACGCUUCUCACCUCGUGCUGUCUACACCAGUGGUAAGGCAAGUUCAGCCGCAGGUCUUACAGCAGCCGUUGUACGAGACGAAGAGUCUUUCGAAUUUGUGAUCGAGGCUGGUGCCUUAAUGCUUGCAGAUAACGGUGUCUGUUGCAUCGAUGAAUUCGACAAGAAUCCGCUCCGCGAUCAAGUUGCCAUUCACGAGGCCAUGGAACAGCAGACCAUCAGCAUAACCAAAGCUGGAGUGAAAGCCACGCUGAACGCGCGAACGUCGAUCCUGGCUGCUGCUAACCCAAUCAGCGGUCGGUAUGACCGUUCCAAGUCUUUGCGCCAAAAUAUUGGCCUCUCUGCGCCCAUCAUGUCUCGCUUUGAUCUCUUCUUCGUCCUGGUUGACGAAUGCAACGACAUUGUCGAUUAUGCGAUUGCUCGGUCUAUCGUCGAUUUGCACAUGGGCGUCCAAAGUUCAACUGAUGUACAAUCCUCGUAUUCAGUAGAUGACAUCCGACGAUACAUCGCCUUUGCUCGUUGCUUUAAACCGAAAAUUAGCAUGGAGGCAAUGCAGUCGAUGGUGGAGGAAUACAAGCGGAUGCGGCAACGCGAUGCUUCCAGUGGAGCGAAGUCAGCGUGGCGUAUCACGGUGCGACAACUGGAAAGUUUGAUCCGGCUGUCAGAAGCCACGGCUCGACUGCAUUGUGCUGACACCGUUACUCAGGCGCACGUGCACGAGGCGUUUCUGCUGCUCAACAAAUCCAUCAUAAGAGUGGAACAGCCUGACAUAAACCUGGAAGAAGAUCAGGGUCUUGCGGACUUUGCAGCGGCUCCUGCAGCUGAUCAGGCUAGUGAACAGAUCACACAAGCUCCUGAUCAGGCUGUGGGGCAUUUGCGAGUCACCUAUGAUGAAUACCGGAGAAUCGCAAGUUUACUUAUCAUGCGCGCUAAACAGUGGAGUGAGGCGAGUGAGACUCAGCUGACUGACGCUACAGACCAGACGGGUGGUGCACCUCGGCGGAGUGACCUCAUCAACUGGUAUUUGGAAGAAGUUGCUGAAGAGUUUCAGACAGAAGCACAGUUGGCUGAAUGUAAACUACUCGUCGAACGUAUUCUGGAUCGUUUGGUGAAAAAAGACAACAUACUGAUCGCAAUUGGUGGAACCGGUCUGGAUUCCGAAAGCACUGACGCUGAUCCCUAUCUGGUGGUACAUCCGAAUUACGUGGAGUAGAUUUACACGAACUAGACCCCCUGUCCUAUUUUUACCGUAUCUGACUGUUUCAUGCAAGAUCACCCGAACAGAUUAUUUAUAAAUGUUUCUGGUAGA